AUGAUCAGCUCAGUGCACGUCUCCACCUCCCGCGGCAGUACACCAGGAAAACGACCUCCCUCCGCGACAUGUCUGGUCGAGGAGAUGGGCAUGGGCGACGACAACGAUCGCAUCGUGAUAAACGUGGGAGGGACUAGGCACGAAACGUACCGGAGCACCCUGAAGACCCUGCCCGGCACUCGGCUGGCAUGGCUCACCGAGCCCGGCGCCUUCGCCAAUUUCGACUACGACCCCAAGGCGGGCGAGUUCUUCUUCGACCGCCACCCAGGGGUCUUCGCUCACAUCCUCAACUACUACCGCACGGGGAAGCUGCACUGCCCGGCUGACGUGUGCGGACCCCUGUACGAGGAGGAGAUCGCCUUCUGGGGCAUCGACGAGACUGACGUUGAGCCUUGCUGCUGGAUGACUUACCGGCAACACCGGGACGCCGAGGAGGCUCUGGACAGCUUCGAGUCUCCCGAUCUCAACAGCGGCGAUGGCGACGGCGGCGGUGGAGGAGACGGGGUGGGGGACUCGGAGGACGAGCUGGACACCAAGCGCCUCGCCCUCGGAGACUGCUCCCCUGAAGCGGGAGCGAAAGCCUGUUGGUGGAGGAAAUGGCAACGCCGCAUCUGGGCUCUCUUUGAAGACCCCUAUUCAUCUAAAUAUGCACGGUACUGUGCUUUUGCUUCGCUUUUCUUCAUCUUGGUGUCAAUCAGCACCUUCUGCCUCGAGACUCAUGAGGCAUUCAACCCCAUCGUUAAUAGAACGGAGAUUGUAAGGAAUGGAAAUGAAACCCGGAUGGAGACUAUUCAGGAAACAGAAACAGAAGCCUUCUUAAUGUACAUUGAAGGAGUCUGUGUGGUAUGGUUUACCUUUGAAUUUCUCAUGAGGAUCACUUUCUGUCCCAACAAAGUGGAGUUUAUCAAGAAUACUCUCAAUAUCAUAGACUUUGUGGCCAUUCUGCCCUUCUAUCUGGAGGUAGGACUCAGUGCUUUGUCUUCCAAAGCUGCUAAGGAUGUUCUGGGCUUCCUGAGAGUGGUUCGCUUUGUUCGAAUCCUGCGAAUCUUCAAGCUGACCCGUCAUUUUGUAGGACUGAGAGUUUUAGGACAUACUUUGCGUGCAAGCACCAAUGAAUUCCUGCUGCUCAUCAUCUUCUUGGCACUUGGCGUUCUGAUAUUUGCCACCAUGAUCUACUACGCUGAGAGGAUAGGUGCUAGCCCCCAUGACCUGAGAGCCGAUAACCACACACAAUUCAAAAAUAUUCCAAUUGGAUUUUGGUGGGCCGUGGUGACCAUGACUACACUUGGCUAUGGAGACAUGUAUCCUCAGACAUGGUCGGGCAUGUUGGUAGGAGCCCUCUGUGCUCUUUCGGGCGUGCUGACCAUUGCUAUGCCAGUCCCUGUCAUUGUCAAUAAUUUUGGAAUGUAUUACUCCUUAGCGAUGGCCAAACAAAAAUUACCAAAGAAGAAAAAGAAGCAUAUACCGAGACCGCCCCAGCUGGGAUCCCCCAAUUAUUGUAAAUCUGGUGUAAACUCUCCACAUCACAGUACACAGAGUGAUACAUGCCCACUCGCUCAGGAAGAGAUUUUAGAAAUAAACAGAGCAGAUUUUAAACAGAACGGUGAUGCAGCAAAUGCAGCAUUGGCAAACGAAGAUUGUCCUCAUAUUGACCAGGCAAUGACGCCUGAAGAUCACCUCCCCUUCACUCGUUCUAACACCAGGGAGAGGAAUGCCAGAGACGGGCCCUGCUUCCUCUUAUCAACCGGGGAAUUUGCAUGUCCACCCGAUGGAGGAAUAAGAAAGGGUACCAGUUUUGAAAACUCAAGGAGCCUAAGCAACAGAGCUGGCAUGAGCAGAAAUAUACUAAAAUUGCCUUCAGUGUCUUCUUCACUCUACAGCUCUCCUUGUCCAUUGAGGCUUUCUCCGUCUCCCAUACCAUCCAUUUUAUAG